UCUUUCCCGCCUCCCAGUCACCGCCCAAGCAGUUCCGACCCAGCGCCAGCAGGCCUGCUCGGUCGAUCUUCGAGCCGAAGAUGCGGCGGGGCUGGAAGAUGGCUCUAUCCGGGGGGUUGCGGUGCUGCCGCCGGGUACUGUCCUGGGUGCCAGUGCUCGUUAUUGUCCUCGUCGUGCUCUGGUCCUACUAUGCCUACGUCUUUGAACUCUGCCUGGUGACUGUUUUGAGCCCAGCAGAAAAAGUUAUCUACCUCAUACUUUACCAUGCCAUCUUUGUGUUCUUUGCUUGGACCUAUUGGAAAUCUAUCUUUACACUCCCACAGCAACCAAACCAGAAGUUCCACUUGUCUUAUACAGAUAAGGAACGCUAUGAAAAUGAAGAGAGACCUGAGGUCCAGAAGCAGAUGCUUUUUGAUAUGGCGAAGAAGCUGCCAGUUUACACAAGAACCGGGAGUGGAGCUGUACGAUUCUGUGACCGGUGCCAUUUGAUCAAGCCAGAUCGCUGCCACCACUGCUCUGUCUGUGCCAUGUGUGUAUUAAAAAUGGACCACCACUGCCCCUGGGUUAAUAACUGCAUUGGAUUUUCCAACUACAAAUUUUUUCUUCAGUUCUUAGCUUAUUCUGUUCUCUACUGCCUAUACAUUGCCACAACAGUCUUCAGCUAUUUCAUCAAGUACUGGAGAGGGGAAUUGCCCAGUGUUCGCUCUAAGUUCCAUGUACUUUUUCUCCUCUUCGUGGCCUGUAUGUUUUUUGUCAGCCUUGUGAUUCUCUUUGGUUACCACUGUUGGCUUGUCAGCAGAAACAAAACUACCUUAGAAGCCUUCUGCACUCCAGUGUUUACAAGUGGCCCAGAGAAAAAUGGGUUUAACCUUGGCUUCAUUAAGAAUAUCCAGCAGGUGUUUGGAGAUAACAAGAAGUUCUGGUUAAUACCUAUUGGGUCCAGCCCCGGUGAUGGCCACUCCUUCCCCAUGAGGUCUAUGAAUGAGUCACAGAAUCCACUGCUAGCAAAUGAAGAGCCUUGGGAAGACAAUGAGGAUGACAACCGAGAUUAUCCAGAAGCCUCUUCGUCUCUUGCUGUGGAAACGGAAACAUAGCAGUUUUCGCUUUUUCCUGCAUCUCUCAGACAGGACCCACCAUUUCCCAUGCGGCUUACAGAGUUCAGUGCCAGGAACCAUUGUAACUUUCAAAGCAAAACCACCAGGCUGGAUUGAAAGCUUCAGGAUUUGAAAGUAUCCCAUCCAGUCCCUGCUGUGCAGACAAUUCAGGACUUUACCAUUUGUUUCCUUCACUGACUGAACUUCAGUCUGGUAGCAGUUAAUUCAAGACAGUUCUCUUCUCUUCAUUUUUCCUGCCCCAAUGCACAAAAGCCUAAAUGUAAAGUCUAUCCCUUUAUUCAUCUUUUCAGGUAGAAGGGAAUUCAUGAGACUUCCUUGCUGUCUUCAGUUCCCCCCGAAAGACUAGCGAUCAUAUCUGUAGGGUCUUUUGGGUACUCAAGGGAAGCAGACUACAAAGCAUUUGCUGCUUGUAUGCAUGCGCAUUGAUAAACAGGUGUGUGUGCGGCAUAUCUCUACAGAAUUCUGCUAAGAGUUGUGAAAAAAUAAGGUUUGAAAUACACAAAGGCUUUUAUGUAUUCAUGCUUUUUCCCCUUUGGAGAAUUUUCAAUAUUUGCAGAACUUGGACCUGUCCCCAUAUCAGGUAUCUCAAUUUUGAGAGGGGAGAUUCAAUACACUGUGACCAAGGUGCUCAAAUUGGGAAUUCAACAACAAUGUAAAAUCUGUUCUCUGUCACAGAAGUUCCUGAAAGUACCACAGCGAAUAGAGAAGACCAGAUCAAAUUGCCUUCCACUCUAUUAAACAUAAUAAUUAGGGUUCUAAAGAUUUUUUUUAAUGCCAGGCUGUGGUAAAAUUCUCCAAUUACUUUUAUUCAAUUCUUUCCUGACUAGCUUUAUUUUAGUCUUUAUAGAGUACUUUCAUCAUGAAAGAAAGACUAUACGCCUAAGUUGUAGACCAUAGGUGUUCUCAAGGAUUUUAAGGUUGAAUUUCAGGUUUAAUUAUAAUACUGUUCAAAAGGGUAAAGUUUCACAGCUGACAUUAGCCUGUGGAUUAGCACUAAAGCUCUGUGUUUGCACAGCAGGGGUUAAUGUACAGAUAGUGAUAACUGAACAGUAAUACGCCAAUCUUUUUUUCUUUUUUACCUUCAGUGGUGGCUCAGCCAUUAAGACAGUUUACAUCCAUUUCCCCAUUUAUUUAUAAUCAGCCUUUCUUUCAGUUCCAGUGCCUGAAUCAAUGAGUAUGGACACUAAUGUCGCGUCUUUAUACUAAUAAUACCUAGGACUAUCGAUAUUUCUUAUUUUUUUUUCAACUGGCACUCUAGUGCCCAGCUUCUGACAACAAAAGCGCCAACUCUUACAGAGAUCAGUGAGACUUACAAGCAUCUGAUAGGUAUCAAGGAAUUGAGCUCCUAGGGGUAUGAUUAGGUAGACUAAAUUAUCCUCCUGAAAUCUUUUUGAGUAAAAAACAGUUACCUGUCACCAACAAUUCAGUAGUGGAACUGAGAAGGUGAGCAAUCAGCUACUUAAAGCAACAACAAAGCAUGUUCAUUCAGGCCUCCUAGGUUCUUUUGACCAAAAGUGAGACUUUUAACAACAUUACAUGGAUUGUGGUCAGCAGUUCAUCUGAAAUCAUACUAGAUGUGUCUAAAUGUAUUGGGACUGGGAACUGGUUCUAAAACUCAGCGUCCAAAAAGCAAUCUAGAAGACUAUGCACAUUGAUUUUAACAAUGAAAUAUAUAUUCAGAUGGAAAGAUUUCCCCCACACCUCACGUGAUCUUCUGAUAGACAAGCCUGGCUUUCAACUUCUCUAGAACUGCACCUUUCUUGCCCAGCUGAAAUGGCUCAGCUGGGAGAGUGUUAGACUAAAGAAGUGCACCUUUCUCUAAAAGGAGGGCCAUGACUUCCUCCCAUAGCCAGUGGGCCUCAAAGAACUCUUUCCUGUUCCCAUCUGUAUCAUCUUCUGCCAAGAGUUUAGGCAGAGCAGCUGCUAAGUACGUGUCAAAGACGGGAAGGAUCAAGAAUAUCUUUUGAUACAUGGAGUGUAGCAGUACUCAGUUGUCACAGAAAUCAGGUCACAAAAGACAGUGCCAAUAAACUACAGAGAAGUGUUGGAAGGAUAAAUCUCAGGGGAGCUAUAAUGCAAAGCUGUUUGUAUAAUGUCUUACGAACUUACACUGUCUUUAAAGGCCAAAUAAGUCAGUUUUACCUGGAGGCUUGGAGAUAAAAGGAAGCCUUAUCCCUUUCUUAGCACCUUGAUCCCUGUCUUAUAGACUCUGAUAAGAUCCCUACCUUUGGAUCAUUUGAGAAUCAACCACUGUACAUAGGCAUCCAACUGGUUGAUAAUUGAUCAAGAAGACAAAGAGAUUUUUAUAAUAAUCAGUGCACCCUGAUCUGGGUCCUUUCCUGCUCCUCUUUGGAGCCCUAUUUAGUAACCUCUGUGGGAUCUCAUUUCCUAGUCUUUGGUACUCAUCUUCCGUAUUUGCAAAAUGAAGGUACUCUUUGCUAGGAUCCUACAGCUGAAAGGUGCUAUGUAACUCCCUAGUGCUCUUAUAUGCCUUUAGUUGCAGGACCAGAAUUGAAAGUUUAACCAUAAUGUUAUUUCUAAGCAAACAGUGUGCUCCAUUCUUUCUUUCAUAUACUCAUUGCUGAUUUUUCCUCACAUAUUUCAGUAUUUUGUGUAAUAUUCUUCAAUUUGCUUCAAUAAUGCCCUUGGAAACAGAAUAGAAACUAUUUUCCCCAUGGUACAGCAGGAAAAAUUAAAGAGAAAAGAGAUUAAAUGCCCUCCAAAAGAACAUAGCUUUCUUGGGCAGAACUCACAGUUACC